CGGAAGACUUCUGAAUCAAUCAAAAUGAGUGGCCGUGGAAAGGGAGGUAAAGGACUCGGCAAAGGGGGCGCCAAGCGUCACCGUAAAGUCCUCCGUGAUAACAUCCAGGGCAUCACCAAGCCCGCUAUCCGCCGUCUGGCUCGCCGUGGCGGAGUGAAGCGUAUCUCCGGUCUGAUCUACGAGGAGACCCGCGGUGUGCUCAAGGUGUUCCUGGAGAACGUGAUCCGUGAUGCCGUCACCUACACCGAGCAUGCUAAGAGAAAGACCGUCACCGCCAUGGAUGUGGUCUACGCUCUGAAGAGACAGGGCCGCACUCUGUACGGCUUCGGCGGUUAAACUCACACCUCAAACAACAACAACCCAACGGCUCUUUUAAGAGCCACCCACUUCCACUAAA